AGGGCGCGGAGCCGGCGGGGGAGUUUCGCGCACCGACCCGACUCUACAUUCCUCCAUCAUGUUGUCAUCGUUUCGUAAACUCAAAGUCCAGAAAAUGGAUCCGAGCGGUGUAAAAGUGUUGGAAACGGCAGAAGAUAUCCAAGAAAGGCGUCAACAAGUUUUGGACCGUUACCACAGGUUCAAGGAACUAUCUUCUCUAAGGCGCCAAAAACUUGAAGAUUCCUAUCGAUUCCAGUUUUUCCAGCGUGAUGCAGAUGAGCUUGAAAAAUGGAUCCAAGAGAAACUGCAGAUAGCAUCUGAUGAAAAUUACAAAGACCCAAGCAAUUUACAGGGGAAGCUGCAGAAGCACCAAGCCUUUGAAGCUGAGGUGCAGGCCAAUUCAGGGGCCAUCAUUAAACUGGAUGAGACUGGAAAUCAGAUGAUUAAUGAAAGCCAUUUUGCAUCUGAAACCAUAAGAUCUUUCACGCCGUACCGGACUGCACAGCGCCCAAUAGUCACGGCUACCCAAGUGGGGUCCCACAUACGAACUCGGCUGCAGGAGCUGCACCGACUAUGGGAAUUACUCUUGGAGAAGAUGAGGGAGAAGGGAGUCAAAUUGUUGCAAGCUCAGAAGCUGGUGCAAUACUUACGGGAAUGUGAAGAUGUCUUGGACUGGAUCAAUGACAAGGAAGCAAUAGUGACCUCAGAAGAACUUGGGCAGGACUUAGAGCAUGUUGAAGUUUUGCAAAAGAAGUUUGAAGAGUUCCAGACAGACCUUGCAGCUCAUGAAGAGAGAGUAAAUGAAGUGAACCAGUUUGCUGGCAAACUUAUCCAGGAACAACACCCUGAAGAGGAACUGAUUAAGUCCAAACAGGAUGAAGUAAAUGCAAGUUGGCAGCGUCUUAAGGGGCUUGCCCUUCAGAGGCAGGGAAAACUCUUCGGGGCAGCCGAAGUUCAGCGCUUCAACAGGGAUGUGGAUGAAACAAUCAGCUGGAUUAAGGAGAAAGGGCAGUUGAUGGCCUCCGAUGAUUUUGGCAGAGACUUAGCCAGUGUGCAGGCUUUAUUGCGUAAGCAUGAAGGUCUGGAAAGAGAUCUUGCAGCCCUGGAAGAUAAGGUUAAGGCCCUGUGUGCAGAAGCUGACCGUUUGCAGCAGUCUCACCCCAUAAACGCUUCUCAAAUUCAAGUGAAGCGGGAGGAGCUGAUUGCCAACUGGGAACAGAUCCGAACGCUGGCAGCAGAGCGGCACGCUCGCCUGAACGACUCCUACAGGCUGCAGCGCUUUCUUGCGGACUUCCGAGACCUCACCAGCUGGGUGACUGAGAUGAAGGCUCUGAUAAAUGCUGAUGAACUUGCCAAUGACGUGGCUGGAGCAGAAGCCCUUCUAGAUAGACAUCAGGAACAUAAGGGAGAAAUUGAUGCCCAUGAAGAUAGCUUCAAAUCUGCUGAUGAGUCUGGCCAGGCUUUGCUUGCUGCUGGGCACUACGCUUCUGAUGAAGUUAAAGAAAAGCUGACCAUCCUCUCAGAUGAAAGAUCUGCGUUGCUAGAGCUGUGGGAGCUUCGCAGGCAGCAGUAUGAACAGUGCAUGGACCUGCAGCUUUUCUACAGAGAUACUGAACAAGUUGACAACUGGAUGAGCAAACAAGAAGCAUUUCUGCUGAAUGAAGACCUUGGUGAUUCUCUGGAUAGCGUGGAGGCUCUUCUAAAGAAGCAUGAAGAUUUUGAGAAGUCCCUAAGUGCCCAAGAGGAGAAAAUCACAGCAUUGGAUGAGUUUGCUACUAAAUUGAUUCAGAACAACCAUUAUGCCAUGGAUGAUGUUGCUACACGCAGAGAUGCUCUGCUGAGCCGCCGAAAUGCCCUUCAUGAAAGAGCCAUGUACCGCCGUGCUCAACUGGCAGAUUCUUUCCAUCUGCAGCAGUUUUUCCGAGACUCUGAUGAGCUGAAGAGUUGGGUUAAUGAAAAAAUGAAAACUGCAACAGAUGAGGCAUACAAGGAUCCAUCAAACUUGCAAGGUAAAGUUCAGAAACAUCAGGCUUUUGAAGCAGAGCUUUCUGCUAACCAGAGUCGUAUUGAUGCACUGGAGAAAGCUGGCCAGAAGCUGAUCGAUGUCAAUCACUACGCAUCCGAUGAAGUGGCAGCUCGUAUGAAUGAAGUUAUCAGCUUGUGGAAAAAACUUCUGGAGGCCACUGAGCUCAAAGGUAUAAAACUGCGUGAAGCCAAUCAGCAGCAGCAGUUUAAUCGCAAUGUGGAAGACAUUGAGCUGUGGCUGUAUGAAGUAGAGGGACACUUGGCUUCUGAUGAUUAUGGAAAAGAUCUUACUAAUGUUCAGAACCUUCAGAAGAAACAUGCCCUGCUAGAGGCAGAUGUUGCUGCCCAUCAGGAUCGUAUAGAUGGCAUUACCAUCCAGGCACGCCAGUUCCAAGAUGCUGGGCACUUUGAUGCUGACAAUAUCAAGAAGAAACAAGAAGCUUUAGUAGCUCGUUAUGAAGCUCUGAAGGAUCCUAUGGUUGCUCGCAAGCAGAAACUUGCAGAUUCUCUUCGCCUGCAGCAGCUUUUCCGUGAUAUUGAGGAUGAAGAGACUUGGAUUAGGGAAAAAGAACCUAUUGCAGCUUCAACAAACCGAGGCAAGGACUUAAUUGGUGUCCAGAAUCUGCUAAAGAAGCACCAGGCUUUGCAGGCAGAAAUUGCAGGCCAUGAGCCCCGCAUUAAAGCAGUCACACAGAAGGGAAAUGCUAUGGUGGAAGAGGGACAUUUUGCAGCUGAGGAUGUGAAAAUCAAAUUGAAUGAGCUAAACCAAAAAUGGGACUCUCUGAAAGCUAAAGCAUCUCAGCGUCGACAAGACUUAGAGGAUUCCCUGCAGGCUCAGCAGUAUUUUGCUGACGCUAACGAGGCAGAAUCCUGGAUGAGGGAAAAGGAGCCCAUUGUAGGCAGCACAGACUAUGGAAAAGAUGAAGACUCUGCUGAGGCUCUUCUGAAGAAACAUGAAGCUUUGAUGUCUGAUCUUUCCGCUUACGGCAGUAGCAUACAGGCGUUACGGGAACAGGCCCAGUCAUGCAGGCAACAAGUUGCUCCCACAGACGAUGAAACUGGAAAAGAGCUUGUUCUGGCACUCUAUGAUUACCAAGAGAAGAGUCCCCGGGAGGUGACUAUGAAAAAGGGAGAUAUCCUCACCUUACUCAACAGCACCAACAAGGACUGGUGGAAGGUUGAAGUUAAUGACCGUCAGGGCUUUGUACCAGCUGCCUAUGUGAAAAAACUAGAUCCUGCCCAGUCUGCAUCCCGAGAGAAUUUGCUGGAAGAGCAAGGCAGCAUAGCAUUGCGGCAGGAGCAAAUUGACAACCAGACUCUCAUAACUAAGGAAGUCGGCAGUGUAUCUCUGCGUAUGAAACAGGUCGAAGAACUGUAUCACUCUCUUCUUGAGCUGGGAGAAAAACGUAAAGGCAUGCUAGAAAAAAGCUGCAAAAAAUUUAUGCUUUUCCGUGAAGCUAAUGAGCUUCAACAGUGGAUUAAUGAGAAGGAAGCUGCACUCACAAAUGAGGAAGUGGGUGCUGACCUGGAGCAGGUUGAGGUGCUACAGAAGAAAUUUGAUGAUUUUCAGAAGGAUUUAAAAGCUAACGAGUCACGUCUGAAGGACAUAAACAAGGUUGCGAGUGACCUGGAGUCAGAAGGGUUGAUGGCAGAUGAAGUGCAAGCAGUACAGCAACAGGAAGUCUAUGGUAUGAUGCCCAGGGAUGAAACUGACUCUAAGACAGCCUCUCCUUGGAAGUCGGCACGUAUGAUGGUACACACAGUGGCAACCUUUAACUCAAUCAAGGAGCUGAAUGAACGCUGGAGAUCUCUGCAGCAGUUGGCAGAGGAACGAAGCCAGCUGUUGGGCAGUGCCCACGAAGUCCAGAGAUUCCACAGAGAUGCUGAUGAAACAAAAGAAUGGAUAGAGGAGAAGAAUCAAGCAUUAAAUACAGACAACUAUGGACAUGACUUGGCCAGUGUGCAGGCUCUGCAGCGCAAACACGAAGGCUUUGAGAGAGACUUGGCAGCUCUUGGAGACAAGGUGAAUUCUCUUGGUGAAACUGCCCAGCGCCUGAUCCAGUCACAUCCAGAAUCUGCUGAAGAUCUCCAGGAGAAAUGUACUGAGUUGAACCAGGCUUGGAAUAGUCUGGGAAAACGCGCUGACCAGCGCAAAGAGAAGCUUGGAGAUUCUCACGACCUGCAGCGUUUCCUCAGUGACUUCAGGGACCUUAUGUCUUGGAUCAAUGGAAUCCGGGGCCUGGUCUCCUCAGAUGAACUUGCAAAGGAUGUGACCGGAGCCGAAGCUUUAUUGGAAAGGCAUCAGGAACACCGCACGGAAAUAGAUGCAAGAGCUGGCACCUUCCAGGCAUUUGAACAGUUUGGGCAACAACUUCUGGCUCACGGACACUAUGCCAGCCCAGAGAUCAAGGAGAAACUGGAUAUUCUAGAUCAAGAACGAACAGACCUGGAGAAGGCCUGGGUCCAGCGCAGAAUGAUGCUAGACCAGUGCCUAGAACUACAGCUGUUUCAUCGGGACUGUGAACAAGCUGAAAACUGGAUGGCUGCCCGAGAGGCUUUCCUGAAUACAGAAGAUAAAGGAGAUUCCUUAGACAGCGUGGAGGCUCUCAUCAAGAAACAUGAAGAUUUUGAUAAGGCAAUCAACGUCCAGGAAGAGAAAAUUGCUGUCUUACAGUCCUUUGCUGACCAGCUGAUCUCUGCUGAUCACUACGCGAAAGGAGUCAUUGCGAACAGGCGCAAUGAGGUUCUGGACAGAUGGCUUCGUCUGAAAGCGCAAAUGAUUGAGAAGAGGUCGAAGCUGGGAGAGUCUCAGACGCUCCAGCAGUUCAGUCGUGAUGUGGAUGAAAUAGAAGCUUGGAUCAGUGAAAAGCUCCAGACUGCAAGUGAUGAGUCGUAUAAGGAUCCUACAAAUAUCCAGCUUUCCAAACUGCUGAGCAAGCACCAGAAGCACCAGGCCUUUGAAGCUGAGCUCCACGCCAACGCCGAUCGCAUCCGCGGGGUCAUCGACAUGGGGAACUCGCUGAUCGAAAGAGGAGCCUGUGCCGGCAGCGAGGAUGCUGUGAAGGCACGCCUGGCUGCACUGGCUGACCAGUGGCAGUUCCUGGUACAGAAAUCAGCAGAGAAGAGUCAGAAACUGAAGGAAGCUAAUAAGCAACAGAAUUUUAAUACUGGAAUUAAGGACUUUGAUUUCUGGCUUUCAGAGGUGGAGGCUUUGUUGGCAUCUGAAGACUAUGGGAAGGACUUGGCAUCAGUUAACAACCUUCUGAAGAAACACCAGUUACUGGAAGCUGAUAUAUCUGCUCAUGAGGACCGUCUGAAGGACCUGAACAGUCAGGCUGACAGUCUGAUGACCAGCAGCGCUUUCGAUACGUCCCAAGUAAAGGACAAACGUGAGACCAUUAACGGGCGCUUCCAGAGGAUUAAGAGCAUGGCAGCUGCUCGCCGGGCAAAGCUCAACGAGUCCCACCGUUUGCAUCAGUUCUUCCGCGAUAUGGAUGAUGAGGAGUCCUGGAUCAAAGAGAAGAAACUGUUGGUUAGCUCAGAGGACUAUGGCAGAGACCUCACCGGUGUGCAGAACCUCAGGAAGAAACACAAGCGCUUAGAAGCAGAAUUAGCUGCCCAUGAACCUGCUAUCCAGGUACCUUACAGGGGUCAGCGUCUGGAGGAGUCUCUGGAGUACCAGCAGUUCGUAGCAAACGUUGAGGAAGAAGAAGCCUGGAUCAAUGAGAAGAUGACAUUAGUAGCCAGUGAGGAUUAUGGAGACACCCUCGCUGCCAUCCAGGGCUUGCUGAAAAAGCAUGAAGCGUUUGAGACUGAUUUUACUGUCCACAAAGACAGAGUGAACGAUGUUUGUACUAACGGAGAGGAUCUCAUUAAAAAGAACAAUCACCAUGAGGAGAACAUUACUGCAAAGAUGAAGGGCCUCAGAGGCAAGGUGUCAGAUCUGGAGAAAGCAGCAGCUCAGAGGAAAGCCAAAUUGGAUGAGAACUCUGCCUUCCUCCAGUUCAACUGGAAAGCAGACGUAGUGGAGUCGUGGAUAGGUGAGAAGGAAAACAGUCUGAAGACAGAUGAUUAUGGACGUGACCUCUCUUCUGUACAAACGCUGCUCACCAAACAGGAAACUUUUGACGCUGGACUCCAGGCUUUCCAGCAGGAGGGAAUUGCAAACAUCACUGCGCUGAAAGACCAGCUCCUGGCAGCCAAACACAUCCAGUCAAAGGCCAUUGAGGCUCGGCACGCGUCCCUGAUGAAACGCUGGAAUCAGCUGCUUGCUAAUUCUGCUGCCAGGAAAAAGAAACUCCUGGAGGCUCAGGAGCAUUUCAGAAAGGUUGAGGAUCUGUUCCUGACUUUUGCUAAGAAGGCAUCUGCCUUCAACAGUUGGUUUGAGAAUGCUGAGGAGGACCUGACAGAUCCCGUGCGCUGUAACUCGCUGGAAGAAAUCAAAGCGCUGCGAGAAGCUCACGACGCUUUCCGUUCCUCACUCAGCUCUGCCCAGGCUGACUUCAACCAGCUGGCAGAGCUCGAUCGCCAGAUCAAGAGCUUCCGUGUGGCCUCCAACCCAUACACGUGGUUUACUAUGGAGGCUCUUGAAGAAACCUGGAGGAAUCUGCAGAAAAUUAUCAAGGAACGUGAAUUGGAGCUGCAGAAGGAACAGCGAAGGCAGGAAGAAAAUGACAAACUGCGGCAGGAGUUUGCUCAGCAUGCCAAUGCUUUCCACCAGUGGAUCCAGGAGACCAGGUACAGUGUGUCUUCCCAGGAGCUGCCCUUGGAGAAUUUUUUAGCCAAUAUUUGUAUCCACCCUCCAUCUCUUUGGUCUCUCUGAGUUGUAAAUGUCUCCUGCUGGAAAACAGUUACUCAGGACUUGUUCAGUUCCUGCAGCUGGGAUUUGAGGGAGGCCCCAUUAGCCACAGGGAGGAGGAGAGCCCCAAAACACCAGACUUCAAAAAUGUUUCUGCUUCUGAAUGAAUUUUCCUGCAGUAAUUCCAGUUAUCCAGGACUUCAGUCUUCUCUAGUUGCUCCUGAACUAGUCUGCAGUUCAGCUGGGGGUGG